GGUGGAGAACAGUUCUUGAUAUAUGACUCGCUUGGUUCCGACUACUUGCUGCAUUCGCUGCGUUUCAAAUCUGUGGCCAGAUGUUGCCCUGCUUCCCUCUCAGCCAGCUGACGGUCUCUCCCCAAGGAUAUUGUUGCAUACUUAUCAGGUGUGCAUGGUGAAGCAGAAACUGCAGCCGCCUUGUAGGGAAAGAUUGGUGACGAGGCUGAAUUAGGCUGACUAGUAGCAAUAGAAGGAGCAGCGAUCUUUCACUGUGCAGGCUUGGUAUUGACUCUGUGACGUUGGAGUGCUUGCAAAUUUCUUCAAAUCAGAGCCCUCCAACCCUCCUUCUCCCACCUUCCCUGCACCCACCCCCACCUGUCAACGUCCCCACCACCCCGGCUCAUCAACACGACUUUUUGGUGGAUGUAAUGUCACUCGGCUGAUUGGGAAAAUGACCGGGAAUAAAAGGGCUUUCCUGCUGCUGUCGCUGACUCUGCUUCUGCUGAACCUUUGCCAAAACUGCAAAUCCAUCAGCAUUCCUCGUCAGUACAAUCUGCAAAAGAAAUUGCCAAAACCUCCAAAAGUCACCGAGCAGACUCCAGAGAACUACACAGUCUUCCCAACUGAUGACAUUGUGCUCAAAUGUGAAGCAACAGGUGAUCCUACACUCGUGUAUCGUUGGACAAAAGACGGGACAUUUUUCGAUCCUUCGCUGGAUCCCCGCGUGACAAUGAAUAAGACCUCGGGCACCAUGGUGAUCGCCACCUCCAACAACGGCGUUUCCUUCAGGGGCUACCAGGGGACGUACCGUUGCUACGUCAGCAACAACGGUGGCACCGCAAUCUCCUCCAACAUCAACCUCAAAACAGAGAGUACUCCUAAGUGGCCCAAGGAGAGGGUUCAGCAGUUAAGGAAAGAAGAGGGAGAGUCCUUGGUGUUGCAAUGCAACCCCCCCACCAGUAUGGCCUCCUCCAUGAUCAUCUGGAUGACGAGCAAACUGUUCAACAUAAAGCUGAGCGAACGGGUGUCACAGGGACUGGAUGGGAAUCUGUACUUCUCCAACCUGCUGGUGAACGACAGCCUGGAAGACUACACCUGCUAUGCUCAGAUCCCAGGAACCCGCACCAUCAUCCAGAAGGAGCCCAUUGCACUUGAAGUGACUACGUCAAACUCCGUGAAGUACCGUAAGCCACGGCUAUUGCAUCCCAAGGGUCACAGCAGCUUCAGGCUGGCUCUCCGAGGGCGCCCUCUCUACCUGGAGUGCUUCGCAGAGGGACUCCCGACUCCCACCGUGCACUGGGAGCGACUGGACGGGAACCUGCCAAGUGGCCGCAUCAGCUACGAGAACUUCAACAAGACUCUGAAGAUCCACAAUGUGGUGGAGGAUGAUGACGGAUAUUACCGGUGUGCUGUGAGGAACCGGCAGGGCCAGGUCAAGCACACCUACAGUGUGUCUGUGGAGGCUGCUCCCUACUGGGUGAAGGAGCCACAGGACGGUGUUUACGGCCCAGGGGAAAAUGUGCUGCUCGACUGCGACGUGGACGCAAAGCCGAAGGCUGAGAUCCGCUGGAGCGUGAACGGAGUGCCUCUGAACGAACGGACGCCCGACCCGCAGAGGAAGGUAUCAGGCAGCCGUGUCAUCCUGAUGGCAGUCAAGAAAGAGGACUCUGCCGUCUACCAGUGCGAGGCCGAGAACAAGCACGGCACACUGCUGGCCAACAUCAUCGUGCAGGUCGUCGUGAGUGGUUUUAUCCGGUGCUGCCUCCCGGCCAGCCUGAGCAAUGUGUGUCCCCUCUGUGUGUUCCAGAACUGCCGCUCAGAUCCUCACCCCCUCCAACCACGAUACCAUUUAGUGGAGAAGCAGACUGCGUACAUUCACUGCAAGGCCUUCGGGGCUCCCACCCCCAAAAUCCAGUGGAACAAGGAAGAAAUGCAGGCUGUUUUGCAGGAUGUUCGCUACUUCCUGUACACCAAUGGGACACUGAGAAUCCAAGACGUGCAGAAGGCGGACGAAGGCAUCUAUACCUGUAACGCCUCAAACAGAAUCGGCGAGGACAGCCUGCUGGCCACUCUGUUUGUUAAAAAUGCGAGCCAGAUCGUCGAGCCUCCGAGAGAACAGCACAUUCAGCGGCUGCACGCGGUGACCUUCCGGUGUCUGGUGGAGGUGGACCCUUCGCUGUAUCCUCCCGAGCUGCAGUGGAAGAAGGAUGGGGAGCCCAUUGACGAGGCUGCCGACGACGAGAGCAAGUAUCACAUCCGAGAAGGCCUCCUGAAGGUCAAAAACGUCAGCUACGAAGACGAGGGGAUUUACACGUGUGUGGCCCAGACCAGCCUGGACUCAGUGACGGCGAGUGCGCAGCUCAUUGUGGUCGAUCGCCCGGACCCACCCUUUGACCUGCAGAUGGAAAACUUCAAAGCCAGGGAGGUGCUGCUGUCCUGGAGCCCGGGAAAUGAUCACAACAGUCCCAUUGAGGAAUUCAUCGUCGAGUUUGAGGAGAACAACUUUGAACCGGGCACGUGGCACAAGCUGAGGCAAGUGGACGGCGACCAGCUGGCAGCAGUGCUGGAGCUCUCUCCUCACGUCAAUUACAGCUUCAGGGUCAUUUCCGCCAACCGCUUUGGGAGGAGUGACCCCAGCGAGGCCACAGACCGCUACAUGACCCCGUCGGCAGCCCCAGACAAGAAUCCAGAGGGAGUGAAAGGAGAGGGAUCUCUUCCCAGUAACAUGAUCAUCUCGUGGCAGGUUCUGAAGGGGCUGGACCAGAACGCUCCUGGCCUUCAGUACAUUGUGAAGUGGCGACGGCUGGGCGUGGAGGACGAGUGGAAGGAGCUCGUGGUGGACAGCCCUCCCUACGUGGUCAACUCCACCCCCACCUUUGUGCCCUACCAGAUACAAGUGCAAGCCUUCAACCAGGAAGGGGCGGCUCCAGAGCCCAACACUGUCAUCGGCUACUCGGGCGAAGACUAUCCCCUGGAGAGCCCUGAGUCGGUGUCCGUGGAGAACAUAAGCUCAUCAUCUGUCAGAGUAAAGUGGACUCGAGUCACUGCAGAGUCGCUUCGUGGGCACCUUAAGGGGUAUAAGAUCAGCUACUGGAAACAUCACAGUGCGGAGCAUCACCACCAGACCGUCCAUGGGGACCACAACCACGCUUUCCUCGAGGACCUCAAGCCAUAUACCAAGUACAACCUUGUGGUGAAGGUGUUCAACAGCAAGGGAGAGUCACCUGACGCCAAACCUCCCUACCAGUUCACCACCCUCGAGGGAGUUCCCAGUAAGCCAACGUGGUUGCGCCUGAAAUUACUGAAGGACACUGAGGUUGUCGUUUCAUGGAGCCCGCCCCAGCAUCCCAAUGGGAUCCUCACUGGAUAUGUGUUGCAAUAUGAGCAGAUUAACGGGAUGGUGAGCAGCCCCCUGAGAGAGCAGAUCAUACCGUCCCCCACCACCACCAAUGUGACUGUGCACGACCUCCAGCCGAACGCCUUCUACAAGUUCCACGUUAUGGGACAAACCUCGGUGGGCAGGGGCAUGACUGCCGAAGGGGGUAUUUUCACCAGCCAGAAGGGAGGGCCCAGAGUGCUGAAUAACAUCAGCUACGCCGUGGGUCACACACACACCAACAUCAGUUGGAUCGGGGUGGAGGGACACCGGGUCACAGAGCUCCAAGUUCAGUACAUGAGCAAAGAUGGUGAGGGUGGUUGGAAGGUCUCAAAACCAGUGAACUCCACUCAGAACUUCUUCAUGCUGGACGGUCUGCAGCCAGGGACGUCCUAUCGCAUAAAGCUGUGGCAGCUCGGGCAGUUCGAGAACCUCACUGUUUGGGACAAGGAGGUGGAGACCAUCAGGCCAAUAGUCAAGGCCAACAAUGGGAUCGCCACCCAGGGCUGGUUCAUCGGCCUGAUCAGUGCCGUCGUCCUUCUCAUGCUCAUCCUGCUCAUCGUCUGCUUCAUCAAGAGAAACAAAGGAGGCAAGUACUCAGUGAAGGAUAAGGAGGAUGCCCACGUCGACUCGGAGGCCAGGCCCAUGAAGGACGAGACCUUCGGUGAAUAUAGUGACAACGACCAGGAAGAGAAGCCCUUCGACGGGAGCCAGCCCUCGCUGGACGAGCAGAUCAAGCCUCUGGGCAGCGACGACAGUCUGGUGAACUACGGGGAGAGCGUGGACGUGCAGUUCAACGAGGACGGCUCCUUCAUCGGGCAGUACAGUGGCAAGAAGGAGGACAAGGAAGCAGCCGGGAGCUCAGGAGGAGGCUCCCCGCUCAACGUUGACAUGUUGGAUUAGGAGAUC